CAGCGGAUGGUCUGACAGCGUUGAGUAGACGGAGCAGACACGCUGGCUCUGGACUGUACAGUUGACCUAGAAUGGCAAAGAACGGAACAACAGAGAACGGAGUGGCCGACGGGAUUCCAGCUUUGCCUUUUCCUCAGCCUGUCAAAGUCCAGGAGGUCAGACACACGAAGAUUUUUAUCGGCAAUGAAUGGCACACAUCCAGCCGAGGAAGGACCUUUCCGACGUUCAACCCGGCCACAUGUGUCAAGAUUUGUGAUGUUGAGGAAGCAUACAAGGAAGAUGUGGACAAGGCGGUGGAGGCAGCCAAGGCGGCCGGGCAGAGAGGCUCUCUGUGGCGGAGAAUGGACGCAUCCAGCCGCGGGAGGUUGCUGCAUACCCUGGCCGACCUGAUGGAGAGGGACCGGCUCCUGCUGGCGACCCUGGAGACUCUGGACACAGGGAAGCCCUUCCUGCAGUCUUUCUUCAUCGACCUGGAGGGCAGCAUCAAAACCCUUCGUUACUACGCGGGCUGGGCCGACAAGAUCCAUGGCAAGAGUCUGCCUGUAGAUGAAAGUUUUGUGUGUUUAACCAAACACGAGCCCAUUGGCGUAUGUGGAGCCAUCAUUCCAUGGAACUUUCCUCUGCUGAUGUUCAUGUGGAAGAUAGCGCCGGCCCUGAGCUGUGGAAACACUGUGGUCAUCAAGCCUGCAGAGCAAACCCCCCUUACGGCCCUCCACGUUGGAUCACUUAUCAAUGAGGCAGGUUUCCCUCCUGGAGUUGUGAACAUCGUUCCAGGGUUUGGUCUCACGGCUGGAGCAGCCAUUGCCAGCCACAUGGACAUCAACAAGGUGGCCUUCACUGGUUCUACAGAGGUCGGCCAGCUGAUUAAAGAAGCGGCAGCCAAAAGUAACCUGAAAAGAGUUACUCUGGAGCUGGGAGGGAAGAACCCCUGCAUUGUGUUUGCUGACUGUGACUUGCAGCUGGCUGUGGAGGAAACCCAGAAGGGAGCUUUUUAUAACCAGGGUCAGUGCUGCACGGCUGCAUCUCGUGUAUUUGUGGAGAAAAGUAUUUAUGAAGAGUUUGUGCGUCGCAGCAUAGAAAACGCCAAGAGGAUCGUCACAGGAGACCCGUUGGACCCCCAGACAUCACACGGGCCACAGAUCGACCGAAAGCAGUUUGACAAGAUUAUGGAUCUGAUAGAGAGUGGGAAGAAGGAGGGAGCCAGGCUGGAGUAUGGAGGAGCAGCUGUGGGCGAGAAGAGCCUCUUCAUUGAACCCACCAUUUUCUCAGAGGUCAAGGACCACAUGCGCAUCGCCAAGGAAGAGAUAUUUGGUCCCGUGCAGUGUAUAUUCAGCUUUGAGAGCCAGCAGGAGGUCAUAGAGAGAGCAAACAGCUCAAAAUAUGGCCUGGUGUCAGCAGUCUUCACAACGAGCAUGGACAGAGCUAUGUCUGUGUCUGCAGCCCUGGAGACUGGCACUGUCUGGAUAAACUGCUAUAACGCCCUUCAUGCCCAGACUCCCUUUGGAGGGUACAAGAUGUCAGGCAACGGACGAGAGCUUGGAAAGUACGCCCUGGCUGAAUACUCGGAGGUGAAAGCAGUUACCAUAAAACUGAGUAAAACUCUGUGAGAAGAAUCAGGAAAGUCCAUCGCUCUGCACGUCCCAUUCCAUCAGGCCAAAUCACAAUUCUUUACAACCCAUGCCCUCCCUUUGUCUAGAGUUAUGCUUGUGAUGUUGAGAAGGUUAGGCCAACAUCUCAGUUGGUCUAUAAAAUGUAUCAGCGCCCAAAAUGUAAAGUUGUUGUAUGGGGGGGGGGAUGGUAACCCCUGUUUCUGUUUAAAGAUGCUCUCUGGUGUCAGUAACCUCUUCCACUGGCUGCUGUGAGUGCUUUUGGUCUGGCAUUCACAGAAAGCUGACGUUAUCUAUUCCUGCUCUUCAUUGCGUCUAUGUCUAGGGUCCUUGCUCUUUUUACAUCCUUUGUUAUGUUUCCUGAAAAGUGUUUUCCUGACUCUGUGACUCUCUCUUUGAACAAAGAUGGGGUGGCUGUCUCGUCCCCAUAUGCAACCACCUAUUAUCAAGUGAUAAAAAUUCCAUUUGACAACAAAUGAACCAUCUCCAUGAUAACACGGAAGAAACUUCACCAAUGAAGCCAAUGAGAUGGAGACCCACGGCUCACCUUCAGUGUCCCAGAAAAAGUAGUGUAAGGAAAUGAGAGGAUGUCUCUGGGGUUGUUUUCUGUCUUGUCCAUCAACCCAUGACAGUUCAGAAUACUCCAGUGGUUAUAAUGAUACAAAUUUGCAUGUCUAGUCUGGUCCUUAAAGAAAAUGAUAUGCAGAUUAUAUGACAAAUAUAAAUGCACAAAAUAUAGCGACAAAUUAGUAUGACAGAAUUUUAGGGGUAAUAUAACACAGGUUUCUUCCGGUCACGUUAGGGUCAAUUGCUGAGCUAAAGUAAGCCAAAGGUGAAAGCCUGGGACUCUACAGAACAGCAGGUCACACUCUGUCUCACCUCUCUGCCUGCUCGAGUCGACUGACUGACGCAGCUGUCUUGAAAAAGAUGCUCUCUGUGAUCCAUCUCCAACCUAUAUAACCCAGGGUCAAGACUGGGUUAUGAGUUGUAUGUGGCUUGAAUGCCACAUAAUGUGACUUAGGUUAACUUAGGUAAGCAUAGUGUCUUGUUUUGAAUCAAUAUCCCAUGGAAUCUCACACAUUAACCUUAUUAGGACACUUGAUGAAUCUCUGUAGGCCUAGGAGGGGGAAAUAUCCCCAGAUAUGAAGUGUCCUUCAGAUUAGGUUGUGGUACUGCAUUGUAUUCUCACUCUGUAUCGCUUUUGCCAGUCUCCCUGGACAGGCUUCAAUAAACAAUGCUUUGUAAGACAUCCUGAGAUUUCCUGAGACCUCCUAAGAAUUUCCAAAACAAUCAGCAAAGAUAGGGUUUUACAUUUGAAUUCCACCAGUUGUGUGCGUUCGUCAGUCUCCCUACAUGGGACAAUGUGGGAUGGUCAGAAAGGAAAACUGUUUUUUUAUCGUUGAGUAGCUGAUGUAUGCAGAUACUUUUUGUUUCUAACCUGUUGUGAUCUAAUAUGAAUGUUCUCUCUCCUGAGGAGAAUGUACCUUCCCUUUCAAAUGUUGGAAGGAACUCCAUUUCCUGUCCCAGAUAAGGUAACAUUUACCUUGCCAGUAACAUGUUAGUACUGUAACAGCAGCGAUGUUAUUAUUACACAGAUAGUUGUGUGUUUAUUAUCACACAUGGGAAACAAGUCUGUCUCUGCAUUUUUCUCACAUUAGUUUUGUAUUUAAAUAGAAAUUAUGAAUAAAGAAAAUCGAAUACA